GGUCGCGCAUGUAUCAAACGACAAAUAGCGCACAUGCCGGUUCUGUUUUGCGUUGGUUUUUGAAAAAAAAUUACUCGGUGAAAAAGUUGAUAAAUUAGACUCGUUUGUAUAUAUAAUUUAUAUUUUUUUAUUUUGUACAAUGGGAAAGAGAAAGGCCACUGAUAAUGCAGGAAAUCCAAAUCAAGAUUUAUGUGAUUUUCUUAUAGACUUAGCAAAUUAUGAACGAAAUGUUAGCAAAAAUAUUUACAAAUACAAUGCCUAUCGCAAAGCAGCAGCCACUUUAAGUGGAUUACCAGAAAGAGUAAAAAAUGGUCAAGAAGCAAGAAAAUUACCAGGAAUCGGAGAAAAAAUUGCUAAAAAAAUUGAUGAAUUUCUUAGUACUGGAAAGUUACAAAAGUUGGAAGAUAUUAAAAAGGAUGAAAGCAAUGUUGCAAUUAAUUUGUUAACUCGUGUGUCCGGUAUUGGACCUGCAAAAGCCAAAGAAUUAGUAGAUAAAGGAAUUAAGACUUUAGAAGAUUUGAAGAAGCAUCAAGAUAAACUAAAUCGUCAUCAAAAAAUUGGCCUGAAAUAUUUUGAAGAUUUUGAGAAAAGCAUUCCCAGAAAGGAGAUUGAAAAGAUUGAAAAAAUUAUAAAAAAUUCUAUUGCAAAUUUGAAUGAAGAAUAUAUUGUAACUAUAUGUGGAAGUUACAGACGUGGGAAGAAAGAAAGUGGAGAUAUUGAUGUUCUAUUAACACAUCCUACAUAUACAUCUAAAGAAAAAGAAUCAAAGAAAAAAAUUUCACUCUUAAAAGACGUUGUAGAAUGUCUUGAGAGAAAGAAAUUGAUUGUAGAUACAAUAUCACUUGGAUCAACAAAAUUCAUGGGUGUCUGUAAAGUAUCCACUAAUAGCGAAAAACCAUUUAGAAGACUCGAUAUCAGACUUAUACCUUAUGAUCAAUAUUAUUGUGGUGUACUUUAUUUUACUGGGAAUGAUCUUUUCAAUAAAAAUAUAAGAGCACAUGCUUUGGAAAAAAACUAUACUUUGAAUGAAUACACGUUAAAACGUCUAACACCUGAAGGAACUCCAGGAGAGGCAGAAAAAAUCACUUGUGAAGAAGAUAUUUUCCAAAUUUUACGAUUGCCAUAUAAGGAGCCAAAAGACCGAAAUUCAUAAGCAGUAAUAUAUAUCAUAGAAGAAGAAUUAUACGUUGGUUAUUUAUAUAUUUUGAUUAUCUAACAAGUGAAUUAUUAAAAAUGUAUUUAAAAUAAUAAAACAAAGAUUUAUUUAUUAUCUUUA